AUGCAGUCGCUCCUCGAUAUCUGCUCUCCAGUAGUAUCUCGAAUUUGGGCAAGACGUAAUCCACCCUAUCAGACCCCCAAGCUGAAUACGCUAGCCUGUCUCCCUGUCGAGCUAAUGUUAUCAAUAACUGACUUCCUCCCUCUGGAUGAUUGGAUUUGCACUUCACUCUGCAGUCUUCGACUCUUUGUCAUCUUCAACCAUCGAACCAAUUGCGCCCGGCCGUCAGGAAAAGACAAACUGCCUGUUUUACGCCGACUGGUACUAAAGCGUUAUCUUACACCCAAGCUCGAACUCACCCCGAACACUCGCGGUGCCCUGAAAGCACCUCUCUCUUUUCGACCGACGCAAAGAUCUGCCCGGAGACACCGGGACUUUGAAGCUCCCAGCUCCACUUGUACUUGUGACAAAUACAGUACAGAUUCCCGCAUUGAAGUUUGUGAAUAUGGAUCUGAUUUAGCUCUGGUCCUUACAACGUGGAUUAAUCUUGACCCUGGUUUGACCCUAGAUGACCCUCGAUGGAAAUUCCAUGGCAAAAGUUCGAGACUUACCAAAGUGACACUCGAUCCAAACGAGCGGAAAGACAGUCCGCGGGUCUAUUUUGAAAUUGUGUCGUCUCGGUCGUUGGCGGCCUUGCGGUCAUGCAACCUUUCCUACCUCAGGGACCAGCAAUACAAGAAGGUUAUGCUUCGAAUUUAUCUGGGCAAACGCGCUUGGAAUCUACCAAAUAAAAUCUCUUGGGAAAAUUACUGGUUUAUGUUUUGA